AUGUCUUCGACAUUAUUCUACAACCAGGACAGUGUUAUGCGCCUCAAGAAAAGGAAAGCCCGGUUUACUUUCAGUGAGGUUCACAUACUUUUGGAUGAAGUGAGGAAACAUCGCUCAGUGGUUGUAGGAAAAUUCAACCGCGGUGUCGGAACAGACUUGAAAAAGCGCACAUGGGCUGAAAUUGCAGCCCGAGUCAACGAGAUCGGCGAGUGCCAGCGAGAGGUCAUUGAGGUUGUUAAGAAAUGGUCGGACCUGAAGUGUGACACCAAGCGGAAAGUUGCUGCCAUGCGGUCGGGCAAAGUGCCAAAUCGGGGCAUGAACUCCCGUCUUUCUAAAGACCUUACUCAAACAGAGAAAGUAGUGCUUCAGAUUCUGGAGAUGGACCAAGAAGACCAGAUUAGCAGUGACUUAGGCCCCCUUUGUGAUGAUGAUGAUGAAGAACUGGAGGAGGACGACAUGGUCGGAAUGCAAAGUUCACCCAACGGUGCUGACGAGUUGUCUAUGCCUCCUUCAACGUCGUACACUUCAAGUGGAUUUGCACAAUCAGGGGACUCAUCGCAGACAGCCUUUGAUAUGCAGUUUGAAAUACCUGCUUCAGAAGAUUGGGACGAGGACCGUCAAGAUGACGCGCUGCCGUCAAGCCGGUCUACUAAACUCCGAGGGAGUUACCAAGGAAACAACGGCCUCCCGAAACAAGAGCAACCUCAUACUUCUUCUGGCGCUUCAACCUCAGCCUCACUUCCAAUCACUGGUCAGCCAACCGACGUGAGAGAAAGCAUGCUCCACAAUGCGUCACUCAGCCUCCACGAACAGCACGCCACCAACGUCCUGCUUGAAACGGUUUCCCGUUCCCUGGAGCUUUUGUCUGAGUCGGUGCAGCAGCUGGCAGAGACUCAGCAGGAGUUUGUGCGAGAGUCCCUGCAGCUCCAACGAGAAACGGUCCAAGUUCUGAGAGACUUUACGGGCGGCGCCAUCACUUUCAUGCAUGACAAACUGAAUGGACGGCCUGCGUUAUAG